UACUAGCCUUUCUCAGGACUCAGUUCAGACUGAGGAGUGUGCGAGGCAGAAGCCCACAAGACCGCCCAUUAAACACGGGUAAAGUGAGCAUUAAGCCACACGUGAACGCCACGAGCAGGACGCAACUGCUACCGAUCAAUCCAAAGAAGAACUCUGAGAUUCUCUGCAGCUCUUAUUUUUUAUUUUUCAAUUACGUGCCAAUGGACAUCACAGCAAAGAUGGAAAUAAAUGUGAGCCAGCAGCAGUUCAUGCCGCCCUCCUGCUUCUUUGCUGCCGCAGCGCAGAGUAUCCAGCUCAGCCCUACCAGCAGCCAAGGGAGCGGCAAGUCAGCAUCCAAGGUGAAGAGGCAGCGCUCAUCCUCGCCCGAACUGCUAAGAUGCAAGAGGAGGCUGAACUUUGCCGGCUUUGGGUACAGCCUGCCGCAGCAGCAGCCGCACACUGUGGCGCGGCGGAACGAGAGGGAGCGCAACAGAGUGAAACUUGUCAACAACGGCUUCGCCACUCUCCGGGAACACGUCCCCAAUGGCGCAGCCAACAAGAAGAUGAGCAAAGUGGAAACGUUACGGUCGGCGGUGGAGUACAUUCGCGCACUGCAGCAACUUUUGGAUGAGCACGACGCCGUGAGCGCAGCGUUUCAGUCCGGGGUCCUGUCGCCCAACAACUACCCCAACGAGAUGAACUCCAUGGCAGGCUCUCCAGUGUCCUCCUACUCGUCCGAUGAGGGGUCUUACGACCCUCUCAGCCCCGAGGAGCAGGAACUCCUGGACUUCACUAACUGGUUCUGAAAAACUGUAUCCUAUAAGGAAUAUGGGUCAAUUGAAUGAUGUAAGCUCUCAGCAUGGCUCGGGAGGAUUACAGAGGAGCUCGCGCCCUCUAGAACAAGACGCACUGAGCUGGCGUUCUGCUCCGGUCGUCCACGACCCAGUCCACCUAAAGGAACCGCCUUGCAACCAGAGAAACUGCGGACAUGCAGGCCAGUGUUGAGCAAAAACGCCAAAGGACUAAAUAGAAAACAGGCUCUCCAUGUCUGACAGCGUGGGAAUCCAACCUUCCAGCACAUUCGCCCACGAAAACAACAUUUCAAAAGUGAUUUUACAACAGCACACAAAACAUAAUUUAAAAUGUUGUUCUCAAACUAUGCUUAAUCCAAUCAAAGAACAUCAACCCUUCUUUGCAAACUCAUGUGACAUUUAGUUCUAAAAUGCUUCCAAUGUGCGGAUUUUAUUAUAUGAAAUUCUAUAUCAAACAUGUUUUUGCAAUAUAUCAAGAUAUUUUUGUAUGUAAAGAUAUUUUUUUAGAUGUUUUCUUUUGUAUAUAUUUAUAUUGAUAAGUUGCUCUUACCUCUUGCCUAUUUUAGACUUGUAUAAUGCUCUGCAGCUGGCUAUUCUGUGUAUGGUCAUUGAUUAAUGAGGUUUCAAGAAGGGGUUUGACACUCCGACGUUUGAAUUCAGCACCAAUGUGUCUUAUUUAAUAGGAAAUACAUGUUAUUGUACAUGGAGUUCACGAUGAUCAAAGGUUAUGCAGCUAUUGUCCAAACAGAGCACAAUGGCGAUUCAUUGUCUAUUGCUAUACUGCCAGCUCCACACUGCCUUUACUUAUAUCAUGUUGGUUGAAAAGAGAAAAGCCUAUAACCAUAUUUUCUACACUCUAGUCUCAUAAUAAAACAUGUUCUAGUA